AUGGCAGAUGACGCCUCAACCCCCGCUCCAAUCACCCACGAGCCUCCCUCGCUACCAUCAUCCCCUCUCCCCAAACGCACCAGAGUCAUCGAUCCCACCCCCCUCACACACCACUCCACGCUCCCCCGAGGCACAGACUCCGGUUCCGCAACUCCAACACCCCUCGCCAUGACCUCCGCCGAGCACCACCAUCCGACACACGCCAUCGGGCAGCCCGCAUCCACCCUCCAACCGCCAAGCAUUGCGGCAGCAGCAGCGGCGGAAACGCAAUUGCAGGUGCAGUUCCUGAGCGACAAGGCGACGGCGCCAACAAAAGGGAGCGCAUUCGCAGCAGGCCACGAUCUAUACAGCGCGCGGGAUGUUGUGAUUCCUGCGCGGGGCAGGGCAAGAGUGGAUACCGAUAUUAGCAUUGCGGUGCCGGUUGGGACAUAUGGCCGCGUGGCGCCCCGCUCCGGCCUCGCUGCUAAACACGGGAUCGACACUAUGGCUGGAGUCAUCGAUGCUGAUUAUCGAGGCCAGGUCGGUGUUAUAUUGGCAAAUUUGUCCGAGACGGAUUUCGAGAUUAAGGUUGGGGAUCGCAUUGCGCAGUUGAUUGUCGAGAAGAUCAUCAUGCCCCAAGUCGUAGUGGUGGAGAAGUUGGAGGAGAGCGUACGAGGCGCUGGUGGCUUCGGCAGCACUGGGGGCUUCGGUGGUGCAGUUGCCAAUGGCGUCUAA